AAGCGGGUGGGGGAGCCUCUCACUGACAGGUUGGUGCAAGGCACAAAAAAGUUUGGUGGAGGUUCCAUCAUGGUAUGGGGUUGUAUGACCUGGGAUGGGGUUGGAAUGGCAUGCAAGAUUGAUGGGAAGAUGGAUGGGGACCUGUACUGCCAAAUUCUGGAUGAGGAACUACAGGAAACCAUAUCACAUCACCACAAAAACCCAGCCCAUGUCCUCUUC